CAUGGCAUGAUGAUCGACCGAGUAUCGGACAUUGAUACUACGGUAUAAGAACCAUGCAAAAGUCCACGAGCCUUCUUUGCAAUCUCGCCCCUUUUCUGCUAACGUCUGUUCAUCUGCUGCUCUUUCUACGCUCGUAAUUGAUACCAUUCUCUCAAAAUGAUUUGUUCUGUCGAGUUUCUCUUGCUUAUUCUCGGUCCAGCAGUUCUGGUGUCCGCUACUCCCACCCCAACCACAGCUCCUGAUCUCAAGAACGCAGCCGUUCUGGACCGAAGGACUACCUGUAUUUUUACGGCUGCUUCUGCGGCGAGUGCAUCCAAGACCUCAUGUGCGACAAUUGUCCUUGACAAUAUUGCUGUCCCAUCAGGAGUGACGCUUGACCUGACAGGUCUUAACUCAGGCACUCAUGUUAUUUUUGAGGGUGAGACUACAUGGGGGUAUGAGGAAUGGUCUGGCCCUUUAUUCUCCGUUUCAGGGGAGAACGUCGCCAUCAGCGGUGCCCCAGGGCAUUCUUUGAAUGCCAACGGCGCUCUGUGGUGGGAUGGCCAGGGAUCAAACGGCGGGAAGACCAAGCCCAAAUUCUUCGCUGCGCACAGUUUGACCGGAAAAUCUUCCAUUACCGGUCUCAACGUCCUUAAUACUCCCGUCCAGGCGUUCUCUGUUAACAGCUGCACUGGCCUGACGAUUUCUAAUGUCACGAUUGAUAAUUCUGCAGGCGACGUUGACUCGUUAGGUCAUAACACGGAUGGUUUUGACGUUGGAUCUAGCACAGAUGUCACUAUAUCAGGUGCGGUUGUGAAGAAUCAGGAUGAUUGCUUGGCGAUUAAUUCUGGAACGGGCAUCACGUUUACGGGAGGGGCCUGUUCUGGCGGUCAUGGGCUCUCUAUCGGCAGUGUGGGAGGACGCUCUGAUAAUAACGUCUCUGACAUUACCAUCUCAUCCUCCACCAUCACGAACUCCGCUAAUGGGGUUCGCAUUAAGACCGUCAGCGGAGCAACAGGCAGUGUGUCGGGUGUGAAAUACGAUAAUAUCACACUCUCGUCCAUCUCCACCUAUGGCAUUGUCAUCGAGCAGGACUAUGAGAAUGGGAGUCCUACGGGCAUUCCAACUACGGGCGUUCCCAUCACGGACUUGACGCUCUCUAAUAUCAAGGGCACGGUUGACUCGGACGCUACGAAUAUCUACAUCCUUUGCGGAAGCGGGUCUUGCUCGGAUUGGACUUGGAGCGGGGUGGCGGUCACUGGUGGGAAGGAAAGCACUGCUUGUGAAAAUAUACCGAGCGGGGCCUCUUGCUAGAUGCUGGAGGGGUUUGUGGCUUGCAUGGCUGAAAUAUAGGGGUCUUUGAAAGGCACGAAGAGCUACGAAGUUAUAUAGGUCAUGGUUGGUUCUGUUUGUACGCAAUGCCCCGGAGCAGCAGCCUCUUUACACCUGAUGGGGUAUAAGUCUAAUGUGUAUUCUGAUAUAAGCUCUUCAACGACGACGCACCUUUAUUAGUUGAACCGAGUAUGUUGCACUCCCAGAGC